GGAAGUGAUUCCGUUGUCGUGCUGGGAUCAUUCACCAGCCCGGUCGUCGGCAAAUUCAUUGAGUAAAAUUAAACAUCUUAAGGUGCUGAUGGGGGACAUCCGUCAGUCGCUGCUGCCUCGGGACGUCCUGAGUGCAGCCAAGGAGCUGCUGUACCACCUGGACAUCUACAUCUGUAACCUGGUGCAGUCUGGGAGGCAGCCUCCUCAGGUGGACACCAAAACGGUGGAGCUGGUCGAGGAGUUCAUUCUGCACACACCCAAGGACAGAAACACCCCUGGCAGGAGAAUGAGCGCUCUCCAGGAGCUGCAGCUCUUGGAGAUCAUGUGCAGCUGUUUUCAGGAGCAGAGCCGUGACACUGUUCGUCAGCUUAUGUUCUCCGCCCUCUUCAGUCUCCAAGGCAACCAGGCGGAUGAAAGCCGCAUGGCACUUUUAGGCAAAUUGGUCUCGAUGGCAGUUGCUGUGGGCAGGAUUCCUAUCUUGGAAUGCGCCGCCACCUGGCUACAGAGAUCCCACCGUUUGUACUGCAUACGUCUGGCACAGGUGCUGGUAGACGACUACUGCAGCAUGGUGCCAGGCUCAGUCCCCACUCUGCAGAACAUCCACAGUGCCAGCCCACGCUUCUGCUGUCAGUUCAUCACCGCUGUCACCACCCUCUAUGACCUCACGUCAGAGGAACUCACCCCUCCAUUGGAACUCCUCCAGAUGAUUGUUUCGUGGAUCCAAGAUGACCCUCGUCUGGUCCUCAUCACUUUCCUGAAUACACCCCUCUCUGGCAACCAGCCAAUCAGCUCGCUUGAUGUCACACCUCUGGGCGGCUUGAUGCGUUGGUGCGUCAAAGCUCCGCUGACCUACAGGGGAGACAAGAAGCAGGGGCUGACCAAUGGCAGCACUGACAAUGAGCAAGAGACGGGGCCUCUUUUCUCUGCUCUUCAUCUAAGUGUUUUACAGGUCCUCAUGCUCCUGCCAAAUAUUCUAAAUGAGAAGGGGCUUUUCGGUCGCCUGGCGCUGCUUCAGUUGGAGUCCUUGGCUGCGCUGACCUCUGACCUCUCCAGACUGUUGGACCAGGCCGACAAACAUACGCACACGUCAUCCGCAGACACACAUGUGUUGUCCCAGCUGACCCUGGACAGGCUGGCACAGGCCCUGCAGGUGGCCCUGGCCAAUGGAGCCCUGCUUUGCUCAAGAGAGGAUCUGAGAGCCAUCUGUUCCCGCCUCCCCCACAACAAUUUGCUCCAGUUGGUGUUGUCAGGCCCUGUGAUGUACUACAACAACAUCCACACACCUCCGCUGGCCUUCAGCCCGCACGCAGCUCACUCUCCCAUCGCCUCGCAUCCCACGCACCCCCCACACACCCCGCACACACCCCUCACCACCCACCCUUCCUCUCACCCGCCGUACCCGGGGCAGCCUUUCAUUACGGGGAUGCCCUUUCCCUUUCGGCCCAGCCACUAAAAAGAAACGGUGUCCGUGGUGUUUGCAGAUGUGAAGACGUGUGUGUUGUGGGUGAUGACUGCUGUCGUGGACACGUGUACAUUUACGUGUGAAUGAGAAUGAUGUUUUAUGAUGUUGUUAAGCACAUUUUGUGUCUGAGGAAGUCUGUGAGGCUAACGUUUGUUCAAUAAAUAUUUUUUUACUGCA